AUUUUGUACCGCUCGUCAUUCACUGCGAGAGAAGAGCUUAUCGAUUUGGGCUUAAUGGCUUUUGUUGGGUUUUCUUCCACAAAGUACAACACCAAAAGUACCCAUAUUAUUCACUCACAAACCAAUGUUAGUAAAAGGAAUCCUUUCGCUUGUAGCCGCUGCCACAAUUCUUGUUUCCUCGGUCAAAAACCGUUUGUCCCAAACCAGGGACGACGUCGAUCUUACUUGACCAUGUCAACAACUACUGAAGAUACUGUUUCAGAAACCAAAGGGAAAACCUUUGAGUUUCAAGCAGAAGUUUCCAGAGUUAUGGAUAUUAUUAUACACUCGUUAUAUUCUCAUAAGGAGAUUUUCUUGAGAGAACUGGUAUCCAACUCUUCGGACGCUUGUGACAAAAGACGUUUCUUAUCAGUUUCUGGAGGUUCUUCGGCAGAGAAUCUUGAAAUUAGAGUCAGAGCAGAUAAGGAUAAGAAGACAUUGACUAUUACAGAUACGGGCGUUGGUAUGACUGAACAAGAGCUAAUAAGUAACUUGGGAAAGAUUGCGGAAUCUGGAACUAGCAAGUUCGUUGAAGCCUUGGGUCAAGGAAAAGCUGAUGUAUCGCUGAUUGGGAAAUUCGGUGUAGGCUUUUAUUCAGCCUUUCUGGUAGCUGAAAGAGUUGAAGUUACUACUCGAAGCUUGCAAUCAGAGAAGACCUAUCGUUGGGAGUCUCACUCUGCAAAAAACUACACUGUUUCUGAAGCUUCGGAGCCUUUAGAAAGUUGUGGUACUCAGAUUGUUCUGCACUUGAGAGACGAUUCUGAGGAGUUUUUGGAACCCUUUCGUUUGGAGCAGUUGCUGAAAAAGUAUUCCGAAUACAUAAGUUUUCCUAUUUAUUUAUGGAAGAGUAGAACGGAAUUUGAACAAGCAGAAGAGACAUCAGAAGAAUCCACAGAACAACAACAAACAGACUCUGAACAAAAACCAGAAAAACGACGUGUUCCUAAGACCGUAUGGGACUGGGAGUUGGUGAAUAAGAAUAAGCCAAUUUGGAUGAGAAAGCCUAGUGAAGUUUCUAAGGAAGACUAUGAGGAAUUUUACAAGUCUAUCGCUCAUGCGUAUGAAGAACCAUUGACAUAUUCUCAUUUUUCUGCAGAAGGAGAAGUUGAGUUUCGUUCCGUUAUUUUUAUUCCAAAAAGUUUGCCUUUUGAGUUAUCUCAGGAUAUGUUUAGUGAUCAAUCCAAGAGUAUACGACUUUAUGUAAGACGAGUAUUCAUUUCGGAUAGUUUUACCGAUCUAUUCCCUCGUUGGCUUACCUUCAUUCGCGGUGUAGUUGAUUCUGAAGAUCUUCCGCUGAAUGUUAGCCGAGAAAUUCUUCAACAGAGUAGAGUGGCACGAAUUAUUCGAAAAAAAUUGGUACGAAAGUCCGUAGAUAUGUUUGAUGAACUUUCCAAACGCGAUAAUGAUGAUUAUGAAACCUUUUGGACCCAUUUUGGUAAAUAUAUCAAAGUGGGAAUCAUUGAAGAAGAUGAAAGGAGUAUUCGUGAUGAGCUUAUUGGACUUUGUCGCUUCUUUUCUUCCAAAUCUGGUGACAAGAUGACAUCUUUGGAUGCCUAUGUGUCUCGAAUGAAGCCAAGCCAAAGACAAAUAUUUUAUGUUACAGCAGAAAGUAUUGCAGCAGCUCGUUCAUUGCCUAUUAUAGAAAAGCUAAAAAGCUUGGAUUAUGAGGUUCUGUUUCUAUCGGAACCUGUUGAUGAAUUUAUGGUCAACAAUAUUCCAUCUUUUAAAGGAAAACGUGAAAAGGAAGAAAAUGGAGAAAAGAAACAAGUUGAAGAAGAUUAUCGUUUGAUAAAUGUUGGUAAGGAAGGAGAGACUGUGGAUUUACCCGAGUUGAAUGAAGAGAAACCCAAUGAAGAAACUUCUAAAGAGUUGGAACCUUUAACAAAAUGGAUGUCGGAACUUUUAGGAAAGCGCGUGAGCAGAGUUGUUAGUUCUUCAUUGUUGACAGAUUCGCCAUGUGCAGUUGUUCAAAGCAAAAUGGGUGUUUCUCCUACUAUGCAACGUUUCUUACGUGUUCAAAAAGGGGACUCGGAUCGAAUGAGUGCUUUUAUGGAAGCGCCAGUGUUGGAACUCAAUCCUAAACAUUCUGUCAUUCGUUCCUUACUAGAUCAAGUCAAGCAGAAUCCUGAAUCAUCAAAUACUCGUGACUUGGGAAUGCUUUUGUACGAAACCGCAUUAUUGACUUGUGGAUAUUCCAUUGAAGAACCUUCUUCUUUUGCCAAGAGAGUAAGCAAAAUGAUGAACUUAGCCUUUUCUGAAAACGGUCAUUCUAACGACCAGAACCACAAUCAUACGAGUUCAGAAACUCCCGUAGUGGAAGUUGUCCAAGACAGCAAUACUUGAUAGGAAUAAAGUUUGCAUAGAAUGU